UCUAAUAGUAGUUUGCAAUCCUGAAGAUCCUGGGCAUUUGUUUUUACGUUUACAUCCUUGGCAAUCGUUACAGGUAGUCAGAAGCCAGUAAGUCUGACAACCAGUCUAACCAAGGGAUAUUGGGUUGAGGAGAUCAGAUAGGCAGUCGCUCCAUGUAAAACACUGGUACUUAGCUGCAUCCGGGUAGGCUGGAAGCCGAUCCCAACGUAGUUGGGAUAAAGGCUAGGCAGAUAAUGAUGGAUUUGUUCGUUCAGAUAUCUAGAAGUUGUGUUCAAAAGAUUUGCUUGUCUCCGAACUUGGUUACUAUUGAGUUCACAAUAGUCCAACAAAUUAAGAACAUAUAACAUUGAUGUGUUGAGAUGUAAAAUGUCUAACUUCGGAGCCGAGGUCUGUGUCUACAUUCUUCUUUUAUAAUAUUUCCUGAAUAUACAUGCUUAUAUAUAUUUUCAACAUAUUAAAUCAUUCUAGUCAACAAAAAUAUAAACUAAAAUAGCUGUUGUCCUCGACACGAAACACUGAAUUAAAAUCUUAUUUUAUAAGCGUGCUAUUAGCGUUAUUUUUAUUUCAUUACGUUAUGGCUUUUUUCUAUCGAUUGCAUAAUAUAUUAUAAGUAAUUAAUUCCACGAUGGCCUCGCAUGCAGCAUACUUUUAAACUAUAUUAUUAAAACGAUGAGGUAUUUGCUGGUAUCAUGCCGACUAAAAAGCUUGAUUAGAUUCACGAUUACCUUCAAAAUAAACUAUCAAACAACUAUCGGGCUAGAUAUCCGCCAACAGUUUUUUUUUAAGGAGUGUCUAUGGAGUUUCUUGCCGGCUCUUCUACAUGAGACCGACUUUUUGGAACCGCGCAACUAGUGUGACGUUUCAUAGGAGCCUGCAAAGGCCUAUUUGAAGUAAAAAUAUUUGACUUUGACUUUGAGUUUAGUCUGCAGCAUGCGAGGCCAACAGUGUAUGUGAAACACUGGUAAUUUUAAACGAAAUAGGAGGAGGUUUUCAACUCGGAUUUUUCUCUAUUUUUUCGAUCUGAAUAUAACAAGGAGUAUGUAUAUAGUGUAUAUUGUAAUGAUUGGUAUUGAAUUAAACGUACGCAAAUUGCAUAUUAAUGAUAUAAAGACGACCCAGGCAUUGACCUUUUAUGAAGUAACUGUUAUCGUUAACUGGCGUAUUAUGUAAUUGAAAAAUGUGUCAUUGUUUAUAUUUUUUAUGCGGAUCCGGAUGAUCAUGGUUCCGGUUCCCCCACAAAACUGCAAACCAUGUAAGUGCAGAAAAGUUUUAUGAUACUAUGCAUCAUGAACCACCACAUCUACUUCCGUAUCCUGGGCUACCUGGUGACCAUCACGAUGCACGUAUCCAACAUAGUGGUGAUGAUGAGCUCUUUCCACGGAGAAGUCAUGAAGAACCAGCAUGUGAGGCACUUCAGUGAGAUGCAGUGCUUCUUCUUCACUUGUUGGACUUUUACCUUCCAGACAGUCCAUGCUUUACUAGCAUUAUACAUGGACAUUUUGACUUUGAAGAACUCCAAAUCACCUGACUUCAAACUGCCCAAACUCUUCGUCUGGUGCAGAGAAGCCUUAUUUUCUAUACUUGUUUGGCCAUCUACAGUUCUAGUCGUCACAAUCUUCUGGUCGCUCUACCUCUACGAUCGCCAACUGAUCUUCCCCAUGGACAUCGACCUGGUCAUCACGAAGGCUUCCAACCAUGUCAUGCAUAGCUGCAUCUUACCUGCUGUAUUGUGGGAAGUCAUGUUCAGAAGAAGAGAGGCUCCGAGGACUCAUGUGUGGCGUUUGAUGCUGGUUUGGUUGACUGCUGUUGUUUAUUUUACUGUUUUAUUCUUCGUGCAUGCAUACAAAGGCGUAUGGGUGUAUCCCAUAUUUGGACUUCUUACUGGAUCAAUAUUUUUCUAUUUAUUUAUAGCGUUUGUAUUUGCUAUUCUUGUUCCUAUGUACUAUUCUCAAUGGAUGCUAAAUUCUUUGAUAUGGGACUCAAGAAUUAUGUCGAAGAAAAUUACAUAAAAAUAUAGGUAUAUUUAGCAACAUAUAUUUUGUAUAUUAUUUAGUAGGUACAUUAGAUAGAUAAUAUUAUAGCUGUAAGUGGUGAAAAAAAAUAUUUUUAAGAUUGUGUAAACUAUUGUGAUAAUAGAUUUAAGUAUGAAAAUAAAAUAAAUGUGUUGUAAUGCGGUCUCGCUAAUCGAUUACCAUACUUAUGACUCUAAAAUAUAGACCAUAAUGAUUUGAAAGAAUCACAAGAUACGUUAGAUGGUAAAUACUUUAGUUAAGUUUCUUUUUUGUAUUUUGUAGUUUAAUCAUAAAGUGAAAAAUAAAUAAUAUUGUUAAUAGUUUAAAAUAAAUAAACCGUACCUUGGACCCUGUGCCCGAUGUCGGUGGCCAUCUAUUUUUUUUACAUUUCUAAAUAUAUUUUUUAUACUUAAUAGGUAUUUAAAAAUGUAUGAAAUAUGUUAUUAGAUGAAUAAACGGAAAAUUAAUGAACAAACCGUAAUAGGUA